AUCUAUGUUCGAGGUCUUAAGAGUUACCCGACACAGUCCAUGUCCACAUUACUCACAUAUUACACACAAUUAAUAACCAUUGAAAGGUGUUGGACUUAUGAGGAGCUAUUACAUGCAAUGGAUGAGUUGACAGUUGAUAAUUUGUCUGAACUAAUAGUCCAACUCUUAUCUCAUUUCCAUAUCGAGUCCUUAAUCCACGGAAACAUCGACUCGACUGAAGCUCUAAAUGUUUGCGAUUUGUUUAAAAGUCGAUUCAAGUCAGCCCUCAAUACCAAACCCAUAGCGCUGUCCCAACACUUCCGCGAUCGUGAGAUACAAUUACCCGACGGUUCCGACUAUAACUUCGACACCAAGAAUGCGAUCCAUAAGACAAAUGCAAUUCAACUUCACUUUCAGGUCGGAGUGGAGGAGACGGUUAUAAACGCAAAGAUCGGACUUUUGGAGCAAAUAUUUGAUGAACCCUUUUAUGAUAACCUUAGGACUAAACAACAGUUGGGUUACUCCGUGUGGACAUACAGUCGCAAGAGUAAUGGGGUUUGGAAAAGUAUUAAAGAAUUGCAAGAAUUAGUGGUUCCGUUGUUUUCUCAAAUCAAGAAUAACAGUGCAAUCGCUCCCAAAUGGACUACAAAUCCAUUCACUACUGAAUGCCUACAAAAGCAGUGCUUUGUUGUGCCGAAUAUGGAUACCAGGAGUUUGGAGCUAAAGUUCCCGAUCCCUGACAUGAGAGCCCAUUACAAAUCAAAACCGGCUGAUAUUAUAUCGCAUCUGAUUGGACACGAAGGGCCGGGUAGUUUGCUAUCGGCGCUAAAAUUGCGAAACUGGUGCACGUGUUUAGGCGCCGAUUCUACUACUUCAAGAGGUUUUGCAUUCUUUACGAUUACCGUCGAUUUGACUGAACAGGGAAUUGAGUGCAUCGACGAUAUCAUUGCAUUAGUCUUUCAAUACAUUAAUUUACUUAAAAGAGAGGGUCCGAAGCAAUGGAUUUUCGAUGAAUUGAAACAAAUGCGAGAAAUUAUGUUUAGUUUCAAAGAGAAAGAGCACUCAAUGGGUCAUGUCGUCAAUACAUCGGAAGUCCUUCACGAUAUACCACUUAAUGAUUGUUUAAGUGUUGGUUAUUUGUUUCACGAAUUCAAACCCGAUUUGAUCACUGAUAUCGUCAAUCUCUUGACACCGGAUCGGAUGCGAGUGAUAGUUGUGGCGAAAAAGUUCGUCACAAUUGCGGAUCAGACAGAGAAGUGGUUCUCAACGAAGUAUAAACAACAAGACAUUCCUAAGGAAAAGAUCCAGAAGUGGCUAAACAUUGGAUUCAAUGACAAGUUAGCACUUCCGCCAAAGAAUGACUUCAUUCCCUAUAAUUUCAAUCUUAAGCCAAUCGAUGAUAACGUGAAACGAAUGCCACAAAUGAUUAGAAACACAGAGUUUUCUCGUGUUUGGCAUUUGCAGGACAAUCAAUACCGCACUCCAAAGGCUUACUAUAUAUUCAAACUAACAAAUCCUCACGUACACGACAGUCCACUCCAUACAAACGCCACACAAUUAUUCAUACAACUAUUUGUCGACUCUAUUAACGAAUAUUUAUAUUCCGCACAAAUGGCUGGACUCGGGGUUAAAUUUUCAAUCAGAUCCGCGGGACUUAAGCUAUCAUUUGGCGGAUAUAACGACAAACUAAACUCAUUGAUGACCACUGUUUUGGAUAAACUCAUUGAUUUCAAAGUGGACCCAAAAAAGUUUGUUGUGUUUAAGGAUAUCUAUGUUCGAGGUCUUAAGAGUUACCCGACACAGUCCAUGUCCACAUUACUCACAUAUUACACACAAUUAAUAACCAUUGAAAGGUGUUGGACUUAUGAGGAGCUAUUACAUGCAAUGGAUGAGCUGACAGUUGAUAAUUUGUCUGAACUAAUAGUCCAACUCUUAUCUCAUUUCCAUAUCGAGUCCUUAAUUCACGGAAACAUCGACUCGACUGAAGCUCUAAAUGUUUGCGAUUUGUUUGAAAGUCGAUUCAAGUCAGCCCUCAAUACCAAACCCAUAGCUCUGUCCCAACACUUCCGCGAUCGUGAGAUACAAUUACUCGACGGUUCCGACUAUAACUUCGACACCAAGAAUGCGAUCCAUAAGACAAAUGCAAUUCAACUUCACUUUCAGGUCGGAGUGGAGAAGACGGUUAUAAACGCAAAGAUCGGACUUUUGGAGCAAAUAUUUGAUGAACCCUUUUAUGAUAACCUUAGGACUAAACAACAGUUGGGUUACUCCGUGUGGACAUACAGUCGCAAGAUAUUACAUAAUACUAAUUAUAACUUUAUGAAAGGUAUGAGUUUUAUCAUUGAAUCCGAUUAUAAGCCUAAUUAUCUAAAUGAGAGAAUCGAGGCAUUCAUACAAUGGGUUCACAAAUACAUUGAAGAUAUGAGUGAUAAAGACUUUGAGACCGAAAGGCAGGCAUUGAUUACACGACGACUCGAGAAACCGAAACAAUUGGUUGAAUACACGAAAAAACUUUGGUGUGAAAUAUCGGCCAAAGAUUACAACUUCAAUAGGGAUGAGAUUGAAGUGAAAGCCAUCAAAGAGUUGACAAAACAGGAUAUCAUAGACUUCUUGAAAAGACAUAUCUCCCACUCUUCAGCCAAUCGUAAGAAACUGAUGGUUAGUAUAAUCAGUGAGAAUCCAAUAAAUGAAAAGGAUUUGAAAGAAAUCAAAGCGGAUCUAAUGCCUGUCCCUAAACUUAAGGAAUCGACAAGAAUUGAAAACAUGAAAGAAUUGAAAACUAAAUAUAAAGACAGUUAUUAUCCUUUUCCCAAACCAUUCAUCGAUGUCUCCAUUAAUAAGAGUUCAUGACUUUAUUGAUUGCAAUAAAUAGUAUUCACAUCAUUAUAAUUAAAAUAAUUUAAAGCACAAUACAGU